AUGACAAGGAACAUCUACUCUUUCGAACAACUUAUUACUCGAACGUCUGCGGAUGAGAAGAUGUGGUCCAACGCCAGCUUUGACAAUCUCGUCGCUCACGUUCCGACAUCAGGCUACGAAGAAGAAGAAGGGAGUAGAGGGUGCCGUGCUGAAAAUGACCACUUCAUCCUCAAAACUCUAGAGCCGAUAAGUCAGCGUGGAGCUGCGCGAGCAGCAGGGAACCAGGAACUCACGUCCGAGCUCGCAAGGCUUUGCAGAAAGGCGAUAAAAGAAGACCUCAAAGAGAGAAGAGCAGAAGUGUUGGCUGAAGCUGGAGAGGCGGGAAAGAGCAUUCGCUACACCCUUCGAAAAUUCGCCAAUCGAAAGAGGAGGAUGAGGGCCUUUAACUCAGUUGAGACAGUCAUGGAAGCGUUGGAAGCCUUGGACAACCAGGGUGUUCCUACUCAGUACAUAAAGGGAGAAGAGGUAACACAAAUGCUUUCUUUUUUCAUCACCGUGCAUCCAGCUAGGAAAUGCAAACAAGGUGAUCGUGAACAAGAUGACUUUGAUACUUCGAUUUAUGCAAAAAUCGCACUCGACCUGCAGAGUGACAUGGUCUCCAACCAAUAUCAGAUCAUUGCAACAGCAAAGAUCGCAAACUUUGACCUGAUUGCGUAA